UGGGCUGGAUCGCCGACGAGCUCCCGCCUCUUCCUUGUUAUAUAGCCCUGAGCGCACCCUCUCCCAAAAGCGGAGUCCGUGCAUCAGCCCGAGGUGGAGCAAGGUUGUUCGCCUGCCAGCCCUGACUUCCAGACCCCGGUCAUAGAAGAAGAUGCUAAAAUCAAUGCCCUUUUUAUAUAGCAGUCCUCCAAAACCUGCUAAAGAGGCUGAAAGCAAGAAGGCAGCCAAACCUUCAUCAUCAUCUGAAUCAGAACCUGAUUCAGUGUCAAUUGAAUCAUCCUCUGAAGAAGCCCAUCCAAAAGACAACAUGAAAACUGAAAACCACAGGCAGACUCCCUCCCUUGAACAUUUUCCUCAGCCACCUUUGGAAGUCACUGGAACAGACCAUGUUAAAGGAAAGCAUAAAAAAGGACUAAGGAAAAGAAUUGUUUGUUUAUUUGACAGAGGUGGGAAAAGCAAAGAAAAUAAACCUCAGAAGGAAAACUGUCAACUAGUUACAGCUGACCAAAUCAAAAAGCUGAUUAAGGAACAAAAUUUUUAUGAAGCCAGUCAACAUCUCCUUAUCAUGCGACCAGAAUCCAACAGCAACCAGGACAACAGAAGCAAAGAAGAAACAUUAGGCGAUCAGACUGAAAUUGAGGCUUUAUUUGAAGUUUUAAAGCAAAAGGUCCUCAGCAUCAUAUAUUCAUCUAUCAGCAUAGCAUCAGCACAGCCAGAAUUGCUGCAUAAUGCAGUGAGAGCAGUAAUUAACCAGGUGGAGGAGGAGGAGAGAACUGUGCAUUCCCAGCCCAGAAAGUGGAAAGAGGAAUGGAGGAACACUAUCCAAAAAUCUGUAGAAGAACGAAUGAAAGAGCCUCCUUUGGUUGUUAACAAGGACCUCUCUAGCACUGCUAACAGUUUCUUGCAUAUGGGGAAGACUAUGAAAGAGGACAUGAUCACAGUGGUGCAGCAUAUUAAACAACAUUAUCCUGAGCAUUUUCAGGUGUGCGACACUUAUGCCAAGUUCUACCACCAUUGUUUCUCUUCUCAGAUGGAGAUGUUUGCUCAGUUUGGACUGAGCAAUCGGGACAUUUACCUUCUCCUCACCUGGGUGCAGAAUUUUUAUCCAGAGGAAAUAAAAAAUCACAGUGUUUUAGUCAAAGAGUUGGAUGAAGCUAGUCUUGGAAACCUGUUGCCACUGAGACAGAUCAAACAGCUUGAACUGACUUAUUUGACUCAUGAAGUGGAUUCUGUUAAACAUUGGCUGGUCAGGUGUUUGGAAAUGGAAGUCAAGAGAUGGACGCAAGGGAGAGAACCAGAGAAUUUGGAUGGUUAUUUUCAUAGUGAAUUAUCAAUAGAUGCCAUACAGGCUAUCUAUGGAGCACAAAAGCGUGCUGAGGAAAUCACUCCAGAGCUGGGCAACCAAGUGUCCAUCUUGCUUUUGACAGAAUUCUUGACCUUUCUGCAAAGCUACAGAACAAAACUGGAGAUGUUCAUUAAAGAAAAAACACACAACCAAUAUUUUGAAGCAAUAAUAAUUGCAAACCUUAACAAUUGUGUGAGUUUCUGGACUCAUACAGAGAAAAACACAGACUCAGCUGAGAGUGAUGUUAAAACAAACAUCUUUUCCAUACUUAACGACCUUCAAAACAUUGCGUUUAAUGUAUUCCUUCACCGCUUGUUUCAAGAGUUAAAGCCUCUUUUUAAAAAGUUUACUGAGAAGAAAUCGGUCUUCUGCACUGACAUUAUGGAUGAAAUAAUUUCAGUCACGGAAGCCCAUACCUGUCUAUUCAGGAUGCUUAAAAACCCUAAUCGCCAGGCUGUCAUGGAAAAAAUUCACCUCUUUUUAGUCCAAGCAUACAUUUUCCAGCUUCUGAAGAAGAAAGUCAGCUUCAGAUCUCCAGAACAGCAAAACCAGCUGUCUGAACUUAUCCGAAGGAAUGCUUCCAUUUUGUACACAUUUUGCUCAGAGAAUGGGUCUAAAGCCAAAUGGCUGAAAUCCGUUCUCCCAAGCCUGUCUGAAAUCAUCAGACUUCAAGAUCCAAAUGCUAUUAUGGUAGAAGUCAGUGUACUUGCCAGUAAAUAUCCUGAUAUCAGCAAGAGACAUUUGUCUGCCAUCUUGUUCAUCAAGGGCAAUUUAUCCAGUGCUGAGCUGAAAAGCAUUCUGAGUGUGCUAAACAUUCGUGGAAAUGCCACACUGCCACCAUCGUCAGUUUUUAAGCAUCAUGGUACUAUAGACUUGUGACAGAAGCCUAACUGGGAUAGUUUCCAUUUGUGCAGAAGUUGUAUUUGAUAAAGUCCCACUGCCUGGCACAGUUGGGUAACUCAUAAAUCAACCCUGGAAGCAACAGUGAAGUCGGGAUGGAAUGUAACACACAAUGUAUAGUCAUCUUGCAGAGUAUCCAGCAUUUCCUUGCUGCCUCAUUUUCCCGUGUUAAAACUGGGGGCCAGAUCUCCUCCAAGCUACCUUGGGUGGUACAGAUAUGAUGCUCAGACAUUGUUUCAUUUUUCUGCUAUUUGUUGAAGCAUUUGACUAGAAAAACUUCAUGUUUUGCAUAUGAUUUCUCUGGGGGACAGAUAGAUUGAAGAGAACAAAGACCUUUGUGAAGUUGGAGAGGAAACAGAAUGAAAAGAGCACUUUAGACAUAGCCUUAGUUGAGAAACAAGAUCCAGCAAAAGCUCUCAGGAGCUGCUACUUUGGGUAGAAAAUCCUUCUGGACAUUAAACAAAUGACCCUAUGAAAAUCGAAUGUAAACUGAUCUUUGCCUGUUAGCAUAUCUGUACCAAAAGCCAGUUUUAACUCAGCAGUUUAUUUACAGCUACUGAGAUAAGAGCUGGUGUGGUGCAGCAUUACAGGACUGACUAGAGGCUGCAUUCAGAUUCCUACUCAGAUAUAAAGUGUGAUGGGUGAUUUGGGGCCACUCAUUCUUCCCCUGCUUGACCUAUCUCACAAGAUUGUUGUGAGGAAAUAAAUGGAUGAUCACCCAUACCGUGCCUUGGAUGGCUGAUAGACACUAUAUAAAUUUUAAUCAAGUCUGUACAUGAUAGUUGUAAAUACAAGCAUGUCGCUGUAUGUAGCAUGCUUUAGUUUUAGCUCUGACAUUAAGUGUUUUGCUAAUUAAGAUACAUUUCUAUGAAAAUACAUUUUCUCAAACAUGCAUUAAAAUGUAAUUAAUUAUAAUCUGGAAAUUCUAAGUGGUCAUCCUUAUUAAUUGAAAGGUAGCUUCAUGGUUGUGAUUUGAUUCAGAUUCAUUACAUGAUGGAUUUUAAUAACACAUAUAUUCAUUAUAGGAACUAAUAUUUUCAUUUCCCAAAAAUUACUCCAGCUUUCCCCAACCUAGCAAUUUAUGAAUGUGUUGGAACAGCACAUAGUAGUCUGCGGAUAAUAUCAGUUAUAAUCCCAGCAUGUUGGGACAGCACCAGGUUGGCGAAACUAGGUUAGAGUGCUCUUAUUACAGUUCCAUAAGGAACAAAUUAUUCAGAGAUGUGUGAUCCCAGGCUGAAAUAUGGAUAGCUUAAAAUAUUUUUAAGCUUUAUAUUUAUAUAUUUAAACUUUUUUUAAAGCUUUAUAGCAUAUAUACUUUAUAUAAGCCAUGCACUGGUCUUUUUGAUCCAUUGAUUGCCUUUUUUUGAAGUCAUACAGUUUCAAUAGAAGUGGGCAGUAUAUGAAACUCAUGGGGGCAAGAUCAUGUUCUUAGCAUAGCCAAAUAAAUAGGCAGCCACAAGAAGAAAGAGGAACAGCAGCAGUAGCAUUAUUAGUAGUAGUUUAGAUGAUAACCUCAGCAGUUAUGCUAAAUGCCAGUCAAUGUAACAUAUGUUUUGGAACAAAUAUUUGCAUGUUUAUAUGGCAGAUAUACCAGUAUGUUCAAUAGGGAUGCAUGUUCCUGGCUCUAGUAUUUCAUAUGUGGUUAAAAGUCCAUGGAUAUUGCAGCUUUUUUACUGUCAAUUGUCAGAUGGGACAUUAGCCUGUUGUUGUUGUUUUCUUUCCUUUUCAUGGCACUUUUACAAUUGUCCAUUGUUGCUUCAAUAAAAAUAACAUUUUGGGAA